AUGUCUGCGGAGCAGAUUGAAGGCGUCAUUGAGCGCAUCACGUACACCAAGGGCGUGUUGGGUGUGGUGGUGUGCACGUCCGAAGGGGCGCCCAUACGUGACAGCUUCCAAAACCUCGACAGGUCUCUGGCCCAGUCCUACGCAGCCAUGGCGGCUGAUCUAGCACGACAGGCGGCAGUGCUGUUUGCACCUGUAAAGUCUCCCGGCACUGCCGCUGAGUCUUCCCCCAAACUGGGAGCGAAGAAGCAGAUCACCACUACGCCACCUCCGCUGAUCUGGGAGAGCUCCGUAGAGCUCAUUCGCGUCCGCACGCUUCUGCAUGAGAUCAUCAUCCGCUGCAGCGACGACUUCCUUAUCGCCGUAGUGCAGGAGCCUGUUGUUUGA